AACACCCUCAAACCCUGCCUUGUGUUGCCUGGAGCGUGUGACAAAGCCGGGUUUGCCAGGAGGCUGCUGCUCCUCUUGCACAGCGCUGGUGCCGCUCUGGGCGCUGCGAGGGAGGCUCCAGUCCCUUUAAGUAAAAAAAGUGAAAUUCAGUAUUGUGCAUCUUGAAACCUGAGAGCCAGAACCAGGAGUGCGAGGGGGAACAACGGGAAAGCCUCGCCAUUCCUGAGGACAACCGCCGCGAGUGGAGCUUUAAGGGAUAAAAGACACUUUAAAAGGUCGUUGAAUGGCUUUUGUGGAGAGACCUGUGAAAUAAAGGAGCUCUGGAAGAAGAGAGUUCUUUUUCUUCUCCUCUCUGGAUACAAUGGCCAUUGCAAAGCAAAGCAUCUUGAGAUUUGGCUUCAAAUGGCUCUUCCUUGCAGCUUUUGUGCUCGCCUGUGGUGGACAAGGUGGAAAGAGAGAGAAUGGGGGUCCUGCCUGUUACGGGGGAUUUGAUUUGUAUUUCAUUCUAGACAAGUCGGGAAGUGUCCUGCACCACUGGAAUGAAAUCUAUCAUUUUGUGGAGCAUUUGGCCCGCAAGUUCAUCAGCCCUCAGCUGAGGAUGUCCUUCAUUGUGUUUUCAACUAGAGGGACCAUUCUAAUGAGGUUAACAGAAGACAGGGAACAGAUCCGCCAGGGGCUGGAAGAGCUGCAGAAAGUCCUUCCAGGAGGUGACACGUACAUGCAUGAAGGAUUUGAAAGGGCAAGUGAACAGAUUUACUAUGAAAAUGUUCAUGGUUACAGAACUGCAAGUGUCAUCAUUGCACUGACAGAUGGAGAACUCCAUGAAGACCUAUUUUUCUACUCUGAGAGGGAGGCUAACCGGUCGCGUGACCUGGGAGCAACAGUGUAUUGUGUUGGUGUGAAAGACUUCAAUGAGACCCAGCUGGCCAGAAUUGCCGACAGCAGAGAUCAUGUCUUCCCAGUGAAUGAUGGCUUUGAAGCCCUUCAGGGCAUCAUAGACUCUAUUCUGAAGAAAUCCUGUAUAGAAAUCCUGGCAGCAGAGCCUUCCAGUAUAUGCGCAGGGGAGUCGUUUCAGGUGGUUGUGAGAGGAAACGGAUUUCGACAUGCCCGGAACGUUGACAGGGUGCUCUGCAGCUUCAGGAUCAACGACACCCUCACCCUCAAUGAGAAGCCUUUUGUAGUGGAAGAUACCUACUUACUGUGCCCAGCACCUGUGCUGCAAGAAGUUGGCAUGGAAGCAGCUCUUCAAGUCAGCAUGAACGAUGGUCUGAGCUUCAUCUCCAGCUCCGUCAUCAUCUCCAGCACACACUGUUCAGAUGGGACCAUCCUGGCUAUUGCUUUGUUGAUCCUCUUCCUCCUGCUGGCCUUGGUUCUUCUCUGGUGGUUCUGGCCUCUUUGCUGCACAGUGAUCAUCAAAGAGCCUCCCCCUCCUCCUGCAGAAGACAGCGAGGAAGAAGAUGAUGAUGGCCUUCCAAAAAAGAAAUGGCCAACAGUAGAUGCCUCUUAUUAUGGUGGAAGAGGAGUUGGUGGCAUCAAACGAAUGGAGGUGCGCUGGGGAGAAAAGGGCUCCACAGAAGAAGGUGCUAAGUUAGAGAAAGCCAAGAAUGCCAGGGUGAAGAUGCCAGAACAGGAAUACGAGUUCCCUGAACCCAGGAAUCUGGCGAACAACAUGCGCAGGCCUUCGUCUCCUCGGAAGUGGUACUCCCCAAUCAAGGGGAAGCUGGAUGCUCUCUGGGUCUUGCUGCGGAAGGGUUAUGACCGUGUGUCUGUGAUGCGCCCACAGCCAGGAGACAAGGGCCGUUGCAUCAACUUCACCAGAGUGAAGAACACAGAGGCCCCCCCCAAAUACCCGCUCAACAACGCAUAUCCCCCAUCAUCACCACCCCCAGCACCCAUCUACACUCCCCCACCCCCAGCACCCAUCUACACCCCCCCUCCACCCAGCUCCCCCACCCCACACACCCCAUCUCCCUCCUCCACGCUCCCCCCACUCCCCCCACCUCCCCAAGCCCCACCACCCAACAGGGCCCCCCCUCCAUCCCGGCCCCCGCCUCGCCCAGCAGUCUAAGGGGUGUUCAGCCUUGUUCCCAUCACUACCACAAGCAUCCGAGGGGCUUUUUCAGCAGUACUGUACCACAUCCAUUGGCGGGGGGCGGGAGGGGGGUGGAGGAAGCUGGAUUGGGUUUGGAACGGGUGACUUCGUGGUUGUCUUUGUCCUUUAGACCUCUCUUAUUGUUCAAAUCCCCUGUGCAUCAGUGCCACCAAACUAUCAAAGCAAGAGCAGCCAAGAGACUGCAGGAACAAGGCAAGUAACUCCAGUUCCAUUUCAGCAAGGCUCUCCCCCUUCUUUGUCCCCAACACUUCCCUUUGCCUUACCAUGGCGAUUCCAGGAUAUUUCGGAAACAAAAAGGAAUGAAUAACUAGAGCAAGCUCUCCAGAAAGGCAAUUCUCCCCAGGGAAGAACUGCAAGAGACUCUUCCAAGCGCAGACAUCCCAGCUAGCUACCUGGAGAGCACUGCACAAACGUCAUGGGACAAGACUCAAGGUAUGAGAGGAAUCUGAUCACAUCACACUUACAUUCCAGCUGCCAAGCAAGUGAUGACAACAGCAGGUCUGCAAGUACAGAAACCUGGUAAAUCCAAAGAGAACUGUUCCCAUGGACCACGAAUUGGAGAAGGGAAGGUGGUGUCAUCUUGGAAGGUCUGGACAAGAGAAGGGAUAGGUCUCUGAGGUCUGGAUUUGCGUAUGUUGGUAUGUGGAAGUGCAGGUGAAUGAGAAUGGAGUGCCACUAGGAAAUUACAUGGAAAAUAAACCAGACAGAAUGGCACAAGGCUUGGAGCCCAUGCCCUGAGGACAAGGAGUAAUUGGCAACAGGUCAGCCUUCAGUGCUCCCAGUGGGACAGAGGAGUGCCUGGCAAUUGAGGAAGGGAAUCUGGGAAAGGUAUGGUUGGCAGAAGAGUCUUUGCAUUCAGUUUAGACUAAUAAUGUCUAUUGAGUUAACAGCUCUGCCAUUCAGCAGUGUCAUUCAAUGCUGGUUUCCAUUUUAAAAGGAAAGUUUCUGGAUAUAAGCAGAGGUGUAUCCAUUUCCCUACACCCAGUCUGCUCGGGCUCCUUGUUGCUGUCAGUGUGAAAGGGUUACCACUGAUGCGUUUGGUUUUCCUGUAAAUUGCAUCCUUUCACCCUAGAAAUGUUUCCACGUGGAUUGUUAUAUUUUGUUUUCCUUUCCUCAAUAAGUAGCAGAUGCCUUCCAAACUCGUAGUGAAGGGGAGGCAGUGUGCUUCCUCCCUCUUGUCAGCUCUCAACAACAUCACUUCUAGUAGCAGCGGUUGCCUAAGGCAAAACUCAACCCACCGGACAUGCAAGAUGGGAAUCAGUCUUCCAAGAAAUGCACUGGCUGCAUUUCUCCAUGCUUUCUCCUCGCCUUCACGGGACCCCCACCAUAUUCCACAACGUUGCACACACACGUAGCUGUUCUCCUAUAGCAAAACCUUCUGAGCGCCCGCCUUUGUGACAAAUAGAAGUAGGUGAGAUCACUCAGCACUUGAGCCAGAGCUCUGGCUCCCAGUUGACUGUCAGGAUCAGUUCUCACAAGAUGACUCUUUCUCUGGAAGUUGCAAAGUCCUAAGAGGUAACCCACCUUGUAGCUGCAGUUCUAUGAAUGUCCAAGGGUUCUCAUAAGCAUAUAUUUUUGUACCAGUCAAAGAAAUGCUUUGCCAAGUACUUCCUUCAGUGCUGUUGGAAAUAGGAAUUCUAGCUUUUGUAGCAAAAAAAAAAAAAAGGAAAAAAGGGAAAAAAAUGCUCAAGGAAGAAAGGGAAGAGACAAAAAAGACUCAGCGAAGACUUGACCUGGGACCCUUCUGGUAAGGACAUUUGUGAAUGAACCCUUACUGUGAGACUCGGAGUCACUCGGAGUCAUUCACCAGCCUUCCCCACCGCUAGGUCAUGGCAUCUAUCAGAUGGGAUAUGUACAUCCGUCACGAUGGAUCUGAAGACACAACCUCCAGCCAAGCCUGGCUGUUGUGCAGAAAGGCUGCUUAUUUCACCCCCAACACUGUUCUGUCUGCAGGCAGCACAGAGCAGCCCCAAUCAGGAGCAAACCCAACACUUCUGCUACUCGCCAUUGUCAGAUGUAUCAGCUACAGGCCAUAGGUAGUUCAACAAGUCAACUUUGUGCUUGGCAGGUGGGAGUGGGAAGCUUUAAACACCCUGACACACGUCUGGUUGGACUCCCUCUUGUGAUGGAUGGGAUCUAGUUCAAUAGCUGAUUUGGUUUCAGAAAGAAAGGGGUAAAAACUGGGAAUGGUGUAAUAAGGAUCAAUAGAUACUUCUCUUAACAGAUCCUCAUGUUUCAAGAGAGCUUGGGAAGGAAAUUGAUUUUCAAUAGGGUGGCAUUGAGAUUUUAUUAGGUUUAAGGGUCAUUUUGCUAAUAAAUCUAAACCUACUGCUGAGGGAAGCCCCCAUAGCAGUGUAUGUCCAUGACUAAGGCUCACUUCUUGCAGAUGUAUAUAGAAAUCUUCAUUUUCCCCAAACUAAAGGGAAAAAAGCCCCUACAGUAUUAAAGAAGCAAAAUCAAACCUAGAUCAGGCCAGGAAAAUCAUCAUUUUCACAUCACCCAGUUCACAAUGAAAAACCAAACUCCAAAUUCUUUGUUGUACAUAUUGUUACUGCAUGCUUACCAUAUGUUAGAUGGAAGCAUUUCCUAUCCAGUGUGGAUAAAAGACCAUUGUUCAAGUUGUAGUAAAUUAUUAUAAAGCCAAUGACAUUUCAUGGCACGUUAUUGUAUCAAGCUGUGCUUGUUGUAUUUUGUUCUUUACGGUUGUAUUGCUUUUUUUUAUCAAUGUACAAAUAUUUCCUGUAGUGACGAAUACCUGUGUUACAUAGCAUUAACUGAAGCACUACAGCUCCUGCCUACACACACCCUUGAUCCAUUGGCAUUGCUUUUCCACAUGGAUCCAGGGUGGGAUAUGGCCAGAGCAUGGACACCAAAGCAGAGCACCCAACCUGCUGCCAGUGAACCGCUUUUGGUGCAUCCUUUCUAAUGUUCUCAGACAAGAUAGGAGCACAUUUGGUGGUCCCUGGUCUUGUAUUUAGGAUCAACCUCAAUGUGGCUGCUAAAAAGGCUUCCCAAAAGUACUGCGUGUGCUUUUAAAGAUCAUAUUCCUUCUAUGCUGGUCCCGAAAGAUCAAUUUAGGGGUUAAUUUAGAGAUAAACAUAAGGUGAUCAAGACUGAAAACUUGGUCCUGACUUUAAAUCAGCCUCCAGUGACAAUUAAUGCUGUGUAACCGAGGUUGAACUAGCUGGUGUGCCAUACACUGCCCUAUGGUACCUAUGUAUUCUCUGUCUAUAAAACCUUCCUAGAAACACAUUACCCAGGCUAUCAGUUCUCACUAGCCACUUCUUAAGUAAACAUUCCCUAUAGAUCAAAGGGAGCUGAGUGGCACCACAUCUGCUCCCAAUCUCCCAGGGCUUCCCUGUUCACUACUCACACAUGCUCCUCCACGGGCUGGUCUAGACAGCCCUAAACAGACGUCUGAUGGCAUUAAAUAAACCCUUGUUUCAUUUGCUCUGGAGACAUCCCUUUGAUUACUGCGUUGUUUCUCCUUCGUGCAAACCUUCCUGGCGGUGUCCUGCAGCCUCAAAGGACUCAGCAGCUGCAUUUGACAGAUUCAGAGCAUGGUUUUUAAUGGCUAAAAUGCUCCAGAUUGUUGCUGGCUGCAUUUCAAUGUGUUCACCCACGUGAACUGUGCAGGCCUCUGAAUUCACCCUCUGCUCCUUGGUGUGUGAAGGAUCACCGGGGAAAGGGGAGGAAUGCCUGGCUUCUGGCAAGGUCUGAGGGUAACCAAUUGGUGACAUGGCCUUUAUGUGGUGCUGGUGCAGCAAAGGAGGAGAAACAAGCCUCUGCUGUGGUGUGGAAUCACAGUUUGUGGGUUCAGCCAGCGCUGUGCAAUGAUGUCCUACUCCCUCUGUUUGUUGCAUGUGUCAUUUGUUAAAUUCAGUCAUUACUCUUGCUGACCUUGAUGUUACUAUUAAAGAACUACACCAAUUUG